CUCCGUCUUGUUGUUUCACUCUUUAAUUGCUUGCAUGAGAUAACUCACUGAGUUAGCGUGUAGGCCUACUUAGAUCAAUUGGCGUUGUCUGAAGUGAAAAUUUGAUCGCUAACGUGUCCUAACAUUAUCUUGUUUGUUUUGGCUCCACUCACCUCCCUCCCGGACUUGCCUAGCAAAGUGAGAUAUGGCUGAAAUAAUUGCCGUCAACCCAGGUUUGCCCUCGCCGUCCACUCUUCCAGCCUCUCUGAACGACGACUACCUGUUUGUGGAGACCAGGCACCCCAACACUGUCCUGCAGGGCCUCAACAGCCUGCGGCUCAACAAUGCCUUCUGUGAUGUGACUCUGUGCUGUGGAGGACAGGAGUUCCCCUGCCAUCGCAUUGUGCUUGCCUCCUUCAGCUCUUACUUCCAGGCGAUGUUUUCCACUGACCUGAUAGAGUCCAAACAGGAGAGAGUUGCCAUCAACGGAGUUGAACCUCAGAUGAUUGGCAUGCUGGUGAGCUACGCCUACACAUCAGAGGUCUACAUCUCUAAAGCAAAUGUGCAGGCCCUGCUGGCAGCAGCCAAUCUGCUGGACGUGAUGGCAGUGCGAGAAGCCUGUUGUCGUUUUAUGGAGCGUCAGAUGGAUGAGAUGAACUGUGUGGGGAUUCACUGCUUUGCCGAGGCCCAUUCUUGUAGCAGGCUGGAGAGCAGCAGCAUGGACUACAUCCUUCAGCACUUCAGCAGUGUUUAUCAGCAGGAGGAGUUCCUGUCUCUGUGUGUGGACAAACUGACCGAAAUCCUUGCCAGUGACUUUCUUAAUGUGCCUAAAGAGGAGAUGGUGUUUGAGGCGGCCAUGUUGUGGCUGAAUAAAUGUUCCUCUCGCAAACAGAGCUUUGAAAAGGUCCUUGAGCAUAUCCGGCUGCCUCUUAUCAGCCCCUACUACCUCCAUGAUGUGAUCGAGUCUCUGGAUGUGGUGAAGGAGAACCAGGGCUGCCAGAGGCUCAUCUCUGAGGCCAAGGACUACCUGCUGCUAAAGGACCGCCGUGGAGAGCUCUACUGCCCCAGAGCGAGGCCACGCAGGUCCACAGGAACAGCUGAAGUGAUAGUGACAGUUGGCGGAGAGGACAACACGGGGUUGCUGCGCAGCGUUGAGAGCUUCAAUCCCAUGACGAAUCAGUGGAAGAACCUGGCCUGCCUGCCCUUUGCUGUGCGCAAACACGGGCUGGUCGUGUCGGACUCCACUCUGUAUUUGGCAGGAGGAGAGUUAUCUGACGGCUCACAGAGCAGUGAGAUGUGGCGCUAUGACUCCUGCUGUGACUCCUGGAUCAAGAUGGCUCCCAUGAAUAUGGCUCGUUCUUCGUUAGGCCUGGCAAUGCUGGACGGCUUUGUGUAUGCAGUGGGAGGGUGGAGUCAACUGUUAAACACAUGCGUGAACUUUGUGGAGCGCUUCGACCCUCAAACCAACUCCUGGCAGGUCAUCGAAUCUGUCAAGUUGGCUGUCGCAAGUCCUGCUGUGGUGGCCCUGGACGGACUGCUCUAUGUUACUGGGGGAGAAGUGGAGAAUGGCGUAGGCGCAGACCUCUCUCAAGUGUACAACCCUAAAUCCUCUGCAUGGACAGAGAUUGCCCCCAUGCAGAUCAUUCGCCAUUGUUCAGCAGCUUGUACACUCAAAGGAAAGCUUUACGUUAUAGGUGGAUGGAAUUUCUUAACGGGAAAUUCAGAUAUGGAGUCUUACAAUCCCAAGACUGACCAGUGGACCAUGUGCACCCCCAUGAAAAAACACUACUGGUUCAGUGCUGCUGUGGUGGAUGGAAAGAUCUAUGUCCGGGGAGGAGAACUCCGUGACGAGAUGGCACGACAGGACAUUAUUGAGCGGUACCGUGAUGAGACUGACACAUGGGAGAUCGUUGGGAAGAUGCCCACCAGACGGAUCUGGCACAGCUGUGUGUCUCUCCAGCUUAAGGAAAGACAUCCACAUUGGCAGCUGUUCCUGUACGACAAAUGACAACUGAGCGAGGAGGAAAUCUUUUUUAGUGGUUAAUAUUUGCAUCCUUCAUUGGGAGGCCAUGCACUGCAAAAGCUCAGAGCUGCGGAGAACAGCAAACUGAGAAGAGAUGCCUGGAUUUGGCACAACACUGUUACUGGUGGCCUGCUGUUUGUUUUUUUUUCUUUUUAAUCGGUGACUGCUUGUGGGAUGGGUCUCACUCACUUGGGUGCCUCCUUUUCCGUGUGGUGAUAAAGAAAACGUGGUACAUGAAUCUCAAGUGAUGGACUGACUGAACGGUGACUCAGCCUGCAGUCUAAACUCACUCUCUGCAUGAUGUGAACAUGUUUAGGGUACUGUUUUAAUGUCCAAGCACCUCAAAUCUGAGCCAACAUAGUGUAUUUUUGUAUCAUUGUGAGAUGUAUUUAUUGGGGUGUGUCUGGCUGUGAGAGAUCUUUUUAAAGAUGGUACACAUUUCACUCUCUCAAAAGAUUUUCUAUGGGCUAAAUCAUUGUCUUUACUAACUGUAAUUUGUUGAGUAUUUUUUUUGUAAUGUAGUGUGCAUCAUUAUGUUUAGUGAAUUUAAAUAGAGUUGGAUUCUAAUAAAGAUUUUUUUAACUUUUG